AUGGAGGGAUCUAGCAAUUCUGGUUUAAGCUGUGAUGUAGAGACCGUAUCGGUGAAAUCUGACAUUCAACCUUUUGAUAUGGACUUGCCUCAUAGCUAUGAUAGUGAUAACAUCUCUGUGGCUUCUCUGAAAGAGGGUUAUGAAUCACAAUUAUCGUCAUGGGAUUCCGAAGCUGAAACUGAUAUUUUGUCGGUAAUCAAUUGCCAUGACAUGCAUGAUGGUAUUACUCUGGAAGAGAAUCAUCUUGAUGUGGAACAAGAAAACCAGUUUGUUGGAGUGGAAAAUACAGAUGACUCGUGGGAGAUGGACAACGGAACUUAUGAUGAGUUGCUUAAAAAGUUUAAUGAAAAGGAGGAAGAGCUAAGAAUUUCCAAUUUUAAACUUCAACUUUCAAAACAAGAAACUAUAAAGUUGAAGGUUGAAAUUGAGAAUAGUGAGGGUGAGCUUGAUAAUGUGCGCGAAGAACUGAAGCUGAAAGAGGAAGAGGUGCGUAAACUAAAAGAGCGUUCAGAACAAGAGAUUUUCAAAUUGAAGAUUCAGGUUGAGAAAAGUGUGAAUGAGCUUCGUAAUGUGCGAGAACAAUUGAAUCUGAAAGAGGAGGAGUUGCAGAAGAAAAACGCUGAAUUGAAUACUCGUAUUCCGGAUUAUGUCUACGAGAUUAUGAAUUUGGUGGAACAGCUUGAGGUAGAAAAGGAACAACUCAAGAUAUCAAAAUAUCAGCUUAAAGAGGCACAUGAAAAUCUGGCUAAAUCAGAAUGUCAGGUAGUUUCAGGGAGGAAUGAAAUUAAGAUUCUAGAAGAUAUGGUCACAGUGUACGAGGAUGUUAAAUCAAACCACGAGCUUUGGGUGGAAAAAUUGAACUCUAUGAUUGAUACGCAGGCUAAGUCUUCUUUGGAAAAAGAUGCGCUAAUCAACAAAUGGUUUCACAGGAUGUCUGAAAUGAAAAUACAAUUGAUCUCUAAAUUGGAUGAUUAUGAGUCUAGAAACAGUGAAUUAGAAAACAAAUUAAGGCAAUAUGAAGCUGAAAAGAUGAAACAAGAAGAGUUGAAUGCUACUCAACAAAUGAUUUUGCACAAUGAAAUCAGUUCAUUGAGGGAAGACCUUGGUCAGAGAAAACAUGAUGUAGAAGGCGCAAAUAAGGAAUUCGACAAACUAAUGACUGAAAGAGAUGAAGGCAAUGCCAAGAUUGAUAAGAUUUUGACUGAGAUAUGCUCCCACGACGAUCAAAUAUCAGAUAUGAAGAAUUAUAUUUGGGAGCUAAAAGUAAGACUGAAGGAGCUGAUGGUCGACUAUAAAACUUCACUGAAUCAUGAAAAUGAGUUGCUGCUGAGAGUGGGAGAACUUGAAAAAGAGGUAACUAAACAGAAUGGUGUGAUCUCAGAUAGGGCUGAGGAGAAGAGGGAGGCAAUUAGACAAUUAUGCUUUUCCCUUGAGUACUAUAGGAGUCGAUAUCUCAAACUUUUUCAGGCGGUUGUUGGCCAUAGGCGUCGUGGCGGUCACACUGUUAUAGCUUCCUAA